GAAAACUGCUUGCCUAAACCCUAAUUUGCUGUCCUGAUCGUUUCUUCUUGGGCUGGCUAUGUCUCCUACAGCCGAUUCAGUCCUUCCCAUUCCCUUCUAGCUAAAGGCGUGUGCAGCAAAUUUCACGAUUGUUUGAUUUUUUUGUUGUGAACUACAUACAAAUCAUAUCUGAUUGGGUUCAGUUACAGAAACUGCUUGCCCUAAACAGAAUAGGGUACGUGCAAUGGGGAAGCAUAAAGGAGAAGGAAACACGAAGUCCGGCGAGCAAAUGGAAGGGCACAAUUUACUAGGCGCGCCGACGUUUGAGCAGCUGGAGAAUGGCCGUUUCAGAUGUGUGGAAACAGGCCACGAGAUGCCGGCUCACGCUAGAGACUCGUACGCCGAGUCCAAGCACUGUCGGUUGGGUCUUAUUGAUUUCGCCCUAGCUCGCAAUAGGCCUCCACUCAACAUGUUUAAGCAGGACCCAGCUUCACGUUCUAAGUUGAUCUGCAAAUUAACCGGAGUUACAAUAAAUAAGUGGGAAGAGCAUAUAUGGAAGCAUAUCAAUGGGAAGCGUUUUCUCAACAUGUUAGAGAAAAAGGAGGCUGAAAAAGAAAUGCCGAACGGAACACCUGAGAAGAAGGAUGAAGGGAAAAUCAAGAAGAAGAAGAAGAAGAAUAAGGCUAAGAAAGAGGAAAAUAUUGAUGAAAUUAUCAACAAUGUAAGGGAUUCUGCUGGAAAAAGCAGUGAAUCGGAUGAUGAAACCGAAUUUUGGAUGCCUCCUGUAGGGGAACGAUGGGAUAAUGAUGAUGGGGGCGAUCGAUGGGGCUCUGAUCCUGACUCUGAACCAGUGAACGACAAUGAUGACAACGGUGGUGAUGAAGGAAUUGAAAGCGAUAAACAUGAAGACAAUGACCUUUCUAACCGGACUAAGCGAAUGACACUUGAAAUCGGACCUAGUUCCUUUGCCUCGAGGAAGAAGAAAAGGAAGACCGAUGAUGCAUCAUCAUAGCAAAAGUAAA